UUAUGGAACAACAAAUUUCCAGCCUCAUCAACGUGCUCUGGAAAGUCCUUGCUCAUACAGAACUCAGACAAAGUCCUUUGUGUCAAUUGGCAAAGAUCAUGUGGAUGCAGCAGUCGGCACCACAAUGAAUGCCAUGUGUGCUCCGGGUGUCUUGCCACAUCACAUGGAGCUCAGCUGUGCGCUCGUGCGCAGAAAACUUCACCCACUCACACCUUAUAA